GAAAAGAGUCAAGACAGUCUCAACUGAAUUCAGGUCUCCACCGUGAUUAGAAGUAAAAGAUCAUUCAUGGACAUGAGCCCGAGACCAUCUUCUUGCAAGCACGACAACUCAAAUACAAACAGUCAGGACAACCAGCUCGAAUCCAUUAAUGCAGAAAUGGGCGAGGCAAGAGAAGAGAAUGAAAGGCUGAAGGCAUUCUUAGCGCAAAUGGCGAAGGAUUACCAAUCCCUCCAAAUGCACUUCCUUGACAUUGUUCAAAAAGAACAUCCAAAGAAACCAGCCGAGACUUCUAGCACACUUGAAGAUGUUGAAGAACCUGAACUUGUCUCACUCAGCCUUGGAGCAAGCGCAGGUAGAAGCAGAAAAGAAGAGGAAAAAAGAAAAACAAAUGAAGGCCUCACCCUUGGAUUACACUAUAAAAUUGACGGUUCUAGCAGCAGCCGAAGUGAGCCUCCGUCCAAUUUGAACCCGGACGGCAGCUUCGAGGAGCCCCAGGAAGAAGAUACUGGGGAGCCAUGGCCACCGAAUAAGACGAUAGAGAGUUCAAGAAAUGGUGAAGAUGUAGUGUUACCACAACCCCCUGUUAAGAGAGCGAGGGUUUCUGUGCGUGCAAGAUGCCAUGCCCCUACAAUGAAUGAUGGAUGCCAAUGGAGGAAAUAUGGGCAGAAGACCGCAAAAGGCAACCCAUGCCCACGAGCAUACUACCGUUGCACUGUUGCACCAGCAUGCCCGGUAAAGAAGCAGGUGCAGAGGUGUGCUGAAGACACGUCCAUAUUGAUUACCACCUACGAAGGAGAACACAACCAUCCUCUUCCGAUGUCAGCCGCUGCCAUGGCUUCUACUACCUUGGCCGCUGCAUCCAUGGCGAUCUCUGGUUCAUCCACUUCUGGUCCAGCCUUCGGAUCCCCAGUCUCCUCUACCACCACCAGUACUGCCAACCUCCACGGCUUUAGCUUGCACCCACCAAACCCAUCAAUCCAUUAUUCCUCCCCUUACCACCCCACCAUCACAAUAGACCUCACUGCACCAUCAUCGACUCCCCAUGUCAACUUCUCUUCAAACAUCAUCGACAGCUCAAGUUAUUCCUCGACGAGUCUGAACUCCUCGUCAUCAGCUUCCAACACUGUGCCAGCAUCUUGGGGUGAUGGGUCCUCAAGCUAUGGAGCUCAGCCAUGCAACAAGAGCCACACUGGAUCUCUAAACCUUGGGAGGCAAACUCCAGACUCUUUCUUCCAAUCCUAUUUGCGCAGGGCUACCAGCCCAACUCCUGGUGGCCAGCAUUUCCUGACGGACACGAUCGCUAAAGCGAUCGUAUCGGACCCGAGGUUUCGAUCGUCAUUGGCAGCUGCCAUUUCAUCGCAUGUCGGAUCCCGGGGAGCCCAAGAGUCUUGAGUUUACUCAAGAGUGCUUCUGCAUCGCCAGGGGAGAUAUACUAGGGAUCGCACUAGCUGAAGAUUUUUUUUUUUUUUUUUUUUUAAUUUGGAGUAUUUUAGUCUAUGAUUUUCUUCCAAGGAAAAUCUGAAACUUUUGCAAGGCAUAUUGGUUGUUCGGUAAUACAUAGUGUUUUUUUGGGUACAGUGUUGUAUAUAGUUUCCAAAACAUCAAGUUUGAACCGGAAAGGAUCCAGACUCUUGAAUUUAUGAGUUAAAAUAUGAUGGAGAAAGAGAAGAGUUAAACCGAAGAACGGAUAACAUUUAAUAAUC